AUGAAUUUAGAUUUAAAUGAAUCCAAGGAUGGAAAUUCUAAAAUUCAGAAUUCCAAGAAGCAUAAUAUAGAAAAAAAUGACACCCAUACCAAAAUUGCAAAGAUAGGCUCUAGUUCUCCAGAUAUCCACAACGAGGACAUUCAAGGCGAGAACCAAUCAUUAUAUGAAUAUCAUCCUUCUAACAACGAAGGAGAAAGUGUGAAUUGCGAAAAAGAUGUCUUAGAUUACUCAAAUAAUAAUAAUAGCGAAAUCGAAAGAGAUAAAAAUAUUGUAACUGAAAAUGACAAUGAUUAUAAAUAUAGAGGCAAAAAAAAGAAAAAAAAAAAAUUUAAAGAACAUAAGGAUGUAACUAAUCAUGAAAAUGAAAAACCCCAAAAAAUUAAAGAAAAGCAUAUUGAUAAGGAGAAAAAAAAUAAGAUGGUUAAAAAAUUUCAACAAAAUAGUACAAAAAAUGUAGUGAUAAAUCCGACCGAAAUGAGGAAUCCUGAUGGCUCUAAUAUUGAGAGAAAAACUGAUAAAGAGGAGGAAGACAAUGAUGAUAAGAAUAGGGAUAAUAAAGAUGUCAUUGAGAACAGCGACGAGGAAGGAGAUGAAGAAGAAUAUGAGGAAGAAGAUGAAGAAGAAGAUGAAGAAGAAGAUGAAGAAGAUGAAGAAGAAGAUGAAGAAGAAGAUGAAGAAGAUGAAGAAGAAGAUGAAGAAGAAGAUGAAGAAGAAGAUGAAGAAGAAGAUGAAGAAGAAGAAGAAGAAGAUGAUGAUGAAGAUAAUGAAAAGGAAGAGAAGGAAGAUGUAAAAGGAGGAGAAACUAAACCUGAAGGAGAGGAAGAAGAAAAAGAGAAAGAACACGAUGAUGCAAAAGAUGAAGAAGAAGAUAAAGAACAUAGUGAUACGCAAAAUGAAGAAGAAGAUAAAGAACAUAGUGAUGCGAAAAAUGAAGAAGAAAAUAAAGAACAUAGUGAUACGCAAAAUGAAGAAGAAGAUAAAGAACAUAGUGAUACAAAGGAUGAAGACGAUAAAGAAAAAAUUAAAUUAAACAAUAAGGAUAAUUCAUCUGAACACGAUGACGAUGAAAAAACCAGCAAUAAUGAAAAAAGCGUCAUGGAUGACGAAGAUGAACAAAGCAGUGUAGCUAAAACACAAAAAAGCAAUGAAAGCGUAUGUAGCGAAUAUGGGGAUAUCAAAAAAAAUGACCGACUUUUUGCAUCAUUGAAUGAUGCCAAUUCACCCAAUAAACUAUUUAGUGAAUAUGUAGGAACCUUAAAUAUAUUUGGGGGAAAGGGUUUAGAUUUGGAAAAAUUACAGAAAAAUAUAGAUAAAAAAAAAAAAGUAAUAGAUGAAAAAAAGGAUAUUAAAAUGAUCGAAGAAGAAAACCCAUUUGAAAAUGAAGAGAUAAUAUACUCAGAAAAUACUAUAAAGAUAAACAAAUUUGUUAAGAAAGACGGGAAACAAGAAUGGUCAGGUUAUUUACCAGUAAAAAUUCAAAUAAUGAAAAAUAAAGAAAAUGAUAAAUAUCGAAUUUUAUGUUUUCAAAAAGGAAGUGGAAGAUUAUUUUUGAAUACGGACAUUUUCGAGGGAUUUAAAAUUAUUCCCUCAAAAAAAUUGUCCGCCUUAUUUAAUGGGCGUGAUAUAGGUAAUGAAAAAAUAAUAACCCAAUAUAUAGUAACGUUUAUUAGUAGUUCUUCAAGAGAUGAUUUUAUCAGUAAAAUUAAUGACAUUUCCAAAAAAAAAUAA